CGGAAGUAGUGGAGUGAGGGGGGGGGAAAAAACAAUCCCGCUGCCUAAUUUUUAACUCCCUACUUUGAAGCAGCCUCAAGGCGUAUCUUUUCUGUAUUAAUCUCAUCAAUCUUACCGUUGUGGCAGCACCAAAAAUGGACAGAUGAUGUCAGCGUAGUUGGGUAAGAGGAUAAAUUCGGUGAUCGGCAUCAAUCUGUGUUGAAAAGGUGUAUGGACGCGGUGCCGCUCUGCACAUAAUCCAAUCGGCAGUGUUUCCUCUGAAAGUGACCCGGCACUCGAACGUUGUGCAUCCCGCCAAUCAUACGGAGGGCGCCGGCAUGGCUAACAGUACCGCGACGGCAGUGAAGGUGAUGGGAGCGCCUGGUCCUGCGGGCAGAAGCAGCCCCGAAGGAUCUCAGGUGCUGAGCAAGAAGAAGCUGCAAGACCUGGUGAGAGAAAUCGACCCCAACGAGCAGCUGGACGAGGACGUCGAGGAGAUGCUGCUCCAGAUCGCCGACGACUUCAUCGAGAGCGUGGUGACGGCCGCCUGCCAGCUGGCGCGUCAUCGCAAGUCCAACAGCCUGGAGGUCAAAGAUGUCCAGUUGCACCUGGAGCGUCAAUGGAACAUGUGGAUCCCGGGUUACGGUUCGGACGAGAUCAGGCCUUUUAAGAAGGCGUGCACCACAGAGGCUCACAAACAGAGGAUGGCCCUGAUCCGCAAGACAACCAAAAAGUAGCAAGACUCCAUUUUUUCUUGUCGAGCGCAUCUUCUAUUUUUUUUUGGGGGGUCCUGAAUUAGCUAUCUUGAAGGGAGAUUGGUGACAUUAGUAUUUCCUUGUUCUGUCCUCAUUUUGCAGUUUCUUGCCAACAUCCUCAUGUACUAAAGUACUUUUCUUUCCUUUUGAUUUUCUUCCUGUUUUGUGUCAAUAAAUAAGAUCACCAAUUUGCAUCGUGA